AUGGGAGGUGAGGGCGAAAAGGCGGAUCCUGGGACCCCUCCUAGUGAAAGUAGCGAAACGGCGAUUUCAACAAACGGCGAGGACGGCAGUCUCGUGAUGGGGUCCUUCGUCGAACUUCUCGAUCGUCUUCUCCCGCCGAUCCCGGCGGAGUUGGCACUGCGGGAGGCGGCAAUGGCAAAGGGCGGGUUAUCCACCCUGGUCGAGGAGAAGAAUGAGCGACCUUCCUCCUCUUCUUCUUCUUCGACGAAAGGGGAAGGGAUAAGAUUGAAAUCGCCAAACGCGCAGGAGGGCGGUACCGCGAACGAUCAUCCUGACAACGCGCUUUCGGGUAUUCAACGGCAGGCAAGGCGGGAGAGUAUGCUUAUUAAGCUUGAGGCGGCGGAAGCACGGCGGAUGCGCGAGGAGGAUGCACGAAUGGAACAUAUUUUGCUUGAAAGGCAGCUCGCCGAGGAGCUCAUUAGAGAGGAAAAAACCCAAAAUGACUUUUUCGAGUCCUACAACCAAAAGCGCGGCGUUAUUAUGCGGGAGGAGGAAUUUUGCGUUAAGGAACUUCGCCGCCACGAGCGCUAUUCCUUGCAGAGUGUUUUUAGGCAAAUCGAAGAGCGAAAGAAACGUGAAAUUAAACAGUUUAGUGAUAAAUUAAUUGCCGAGUUUGAACUUCUUCAGAUGCAGAUAGAAGCAUCCUACAAGGCAGAAUUAGUUGACUUUGAAUGUCAAAAAGCAAAAGAUUUGCUUUCAAUUCAUGAAAAUAUUCAGUCAAAGCUGAAAAAGGAAGAAGAGAAGCUUAUUCAGGAAGCUUCUUCUCCCCCUGGCGCCUUGGGCACGGCGAAUAUGCAAUCCUCUUCGUUUUUUACACCAGAAGGACUAAAGGACGUGGGGAAUUUCCGCACGGAGGCUCUUUUGAAGGAGUAUGAGGCUCGCAUAGGGUGGCUGCGUUUGCGUUAUGCGGAGCUCACGUCUUUCAUACCGUGCUUGCAACAGGAGGUGAAUGUUCGACGGCGGCAGUUUUGUGAGAGCGGGGCCCUCGUCUUCUCGCGUACGGGGAAUUCAAACAAGCCCAUCGAAGAAAGCCCGAUGACUAAAGUCGCUCCUCUGCUUUCAUCCCCCUGCCCCCCCUCUCCUUCUUUUUCUUCGUUUUCUUCAUCCCCUUCUUUGGAUCAUUCUCCUCACUCUCUGGUCGUUCUCAAUGCUGAGAUGUUUCACCGAACGCAGGCCUCUCUUUUUCUGAAUUUAACGGAGGCCGGCAUGGAGGCCUCGCGCCGUUUUCACACGCUUUCCUUUUCGUUGGAAAAUAUUCAAACGGUGGAUUGGAAAAGCCUUCAUUCCGUCCGUAGGAAUAGUAAUAAUACAGGUACUUCUGUGUGUGUUUGGGUGCGCGAUCUUGAUAUUGGAAGCAACACGCUCGAGGAGGUGGCGCUUUCGGAUUUCAUCACCACCUUUCCCUCCCUCCGGCGGAUAAGUCUGUCUGAUAAUCAAAUUACAAGUUUAGACCACGGAAGGAAUUCGGUCAGAGUUUCUUCCGCGACACUUUAUAUUCGAAGUGUGGCGAGCGUGCAGCAAAACGCGAUUUCUGAGCGUACGAAAUUAUCCGAUCUUAAUAUAGCCUCAAACUUAUUAAAAGAUAUCGAUACCGUGGGGAAGUUUCUCUCGCACUCAAUCACUCGACUUUGCGCGUACGCGAAUCAACUCCAUUCGAUCGAGCCACUUCGCUCCUGCCUUCGACUUACAAAGCUUGAAUUAAAUCGAAACGCUCUUUCAGAUAUCGAGCCGCUUGAAUCCUUAACAUUCAUUCAAGAGCUCAACCUCUGUGAUAACCAGAUUACGCAAAUAAGUGCUCUUUCAAAGGGGAGCUGGCCGCUAUUAGAGAAGCUUUACCUUUCCAAUAAUGUGCUUACAAGUUUGCUUUCACCUCAAGCAGAAUAUUCGAAAACGAUGAACGAUCCUCAUUGUUUACUUCUCUCACAGUUGUUUGUGAACUACAACCGGUUUACGGCCUUUUCAGAGAAGGAGCUCCCGUGGAUGCCGAUGUUAUCUGUUUUGCAAGCGGAGGGAAACCAGCUUCAGGAUAUUUCUGGCUUCGUGCGCUGCCCUCGCCUUUUGAUUAUUAAAUUACCGUUUAAUCAACUUAGCCAUUUAUCGACUUUAAACCCUUUGGGUGUGUGCAAGCUGUUGGUAAAUAUCGAUAUUCGAGCAAACCCCUUGAUGGCAUCCUUGACGUCAGCACGAGGUGGAUCGGCCAAUUCAACCGGGUUAGAUUCCGCUCAUAGCGCGUGGAUGGGGGAAGCGAAUUCGUUCAUUGCCUUGUUCCGACAAAUCUUUCCACGUCUUAGGGAGCUUAAUAACGAAUGUCAAUCUCCUUCCUCGUCAGACCUCUCCAGAGAACCUCCGGGAGAGACUUUGAUCGAUGCGGAGGGCCAUGGCGAUCGUUCGCGGGUGAUGAAAGCACUCACCGCGGAUAAAUUUAUUAUUGACUUACGUACUCGACGAGAGGACUUGUUUGUAGUCCAUCGUCAUCGUUUUCAUCACGCCCAGACACUUGAAAAGGAUAUGUACGAUAAGGUGAAAAAGUGCCGUCGGACGAACAUUCCCACAAAUGAUUUGUCUUCGCUUGCGGUGGAAGAUGAGCAGCAACUGGAAACGUUCGAAUUUCUCCAGAAGAUUUUGAAAGUUUUUCUGGAAAGCGUGGAUACCGCCUUUGAUGGGGAUUAUAGCCGUCUACUUCGCCAGAUCCCGCAGGCGACCUCGGCUAGGGCGAAAAAACUUCGAGAAUCGCAGGCGGGAAAUCGAUUAGCUUGGUGGAUCUUAAAACUUGUUCUCUGCAGGCGCGCCGUGCGCGAGCUUGAAAAAAGAAAAAAAGACACCAAGGAAAAGGAAAAAGCGAUUAAAUACGAGGCCGCUGUUCGACUAAUUCAGCCGGUCUGGCGGGGAGCCGUCUUGCGUUCUCGUCUAAAGCGCAUACUGCAUGCUCAUCAGAAGGAUUUGGAUCACGAUAAGGAUCUCUUCGAGAAAGUUGAGCUUCCGAAUAAUAUAGAUGAAUUGAAUAUUAAUGGAAAUGACAUUACGGGUAUUAUCAGGCGUGCGGUUCGCGAUGACAUUUCAUCUUUACCACGCUUUGAGGUGGAUUGGUCCCGGCAGCGGGAAGAGAAGGGGGCCUCCUCAGUCCCGAGAACCGCGGAGGCUCGCCCGCGGAGUGUUAUGAAUAAAUCUAAUUUACUAAUAUUCGAGGACGCCUCCCCAAGGCCGCGAACAAGCAGCCCUCCACGCGACCACGAAGAGCCAAUAAUGGAAAGAGGUGGUGGUGAUGGCGGUCAGCAAUGGGAGGCUUCCGUAGCUUUGCAAAUCCAAAAAAAACGAAAAAAGAUGGAGCGUGUGCAUCAGCAGCACCUUGCUGAAGAAUUCAUCAAGGAUCCGUUGAAAUUCAAGCAGAAAACGUAUCCAAGUAUUACUAGAAAGUCUAAAUAA